AUGGUCAGCGCAGAAGAAGUCAAAGAGGCCGAAAAAUGUAUGAACAAAAUGGUUGAGUUGGGCAAAGGCAAGGACCCCACAGCCAUCAUCGCAUCCGAUGCCGGACUCAAUCGCAUCUGCAAAACUAUAAAAGACGAUACAUUAAAAUGUCUGAAAAACUACUUCAAGAAGUGCGGGACACCAUUGCACCGGGAGAUAAGUGACCUGAUCAUUGACCAGGUUGACUUCAGGAUCAAUAGAUUUUGUUCAGAUAAGGAGAGAAGGUCA